ACCGGCGUUUCAUAAAGGGGUUACAAUCAGUCAUGUUUCACAAACAAAACAGAGAAGACUUUUUAACUGUCACAUUGAUUCGAGAAGAGUCUCAGCAGUAGAAAGGAAUGUAUAUCUCUGAUGUAUUAUUUUGAAUGAAGAAACACAUCCUCGAUACACAAUGAAGAGACUGUACUUCGUUGAGCCGAUCGUCGCGAUUUACGCGUUUGCCAGUUUUAUGGUUUAUCCCCUCGUGCAGCAGUACGUGUAUCGCAGGUUGUGGCUGGAGAUCACAAACUCUUCUUACCCUGUGUCCAACAACACUUCCCAAUGCGCCGCCAACAGCACCAGCCACAGCAGACAGCAAGAUGAGGUGCAGAAAGCAGCUUCUCUGUUCUCCAUGUACAGUGAUUUGUCUUCCAUGAUCCCCAGUCUCAUAGUGACCCUCCUCCUGGUGGCCUACAGUGAUCAGCGUGGCCGAAAGAUCACUAUUAUCAUGCCCCUCAUUGGGUCUCUGAUCUACACGCUUUCAUUCCUGGCGGUCUCCUUCUUCGAGCUCAACCUCUACCUCCUCAUUGCCGCCAACUUCGUAAGUGCCCUCUUUGGGGGUAUCGGCACUAUGCUAGGCGGCUGCUUCUCCUAUGUGGCCGAUUUGUGCGAAGACAGCAAGCAGAAAACUCUUCGCAUGGCUGUGGUGGACAUGAUGAUCGGCUUGUUGGCCGGUGUGGCGUCAAUCACCACUGGCUACUUCCUGCAUGCAGUCGGGUUCAACUGGCCUUUCUUCACAUCUGCCAUAUUUCAGGCUGUUAACUUGCUAUAUGCCAUCUUCAUUCUGGAAGAAACCAGGGUGAUUGAUCGGUCAGAGACUGUGGCUUGUUGUCCGGCCAUGCAGAAACUUGUAUGUGGUAUCUACAACUUGUUUGCAGGAGGCAGGAGUCAAAGAAAAUGCAUUCUUGUGCUGCUGAUUGUGACUUUCUCCUCCUUAUCUUUUGUCAAUACGGGGGGUCUGUCCAUGAUCACACUUUACGAACUCAAUGAGCCGCUGUGCUGGAGCGAGAUCCUCGUCGGCUAUGGUGCCGCGGCCAGCACCUCCAUCUUUAUCACUAGUUUUGUCGGUGUGUAUUUGUUCUCCCUCUGUCUGCAGAACACUGCCAUGGCCUUCAUCGGGAUGCUGUCAGUCGCUAUAAGCAUGUUCAUGACAGCCUUCGCAAAGACCACGCUCAGUAUGUUCCUCGUAAGAAUCCCUGCUAUGUUUGCCAUCAUGCCGUUCCCUGUUCUGCGUUCGAUGAUGUCAAAGGUCGUCUCAAAGUCUGAGCAGGGAGCACUCUUUGCCUGUGUGGCUUUUAUGGAAAAUCUGUGUACCAACGGGUCCUCUGCGGUUUUUAGCAGAAUCUAUGCGGCCACGGUGGCAUGGUGUCCUGGCUUUGUCUUUCUGCUGAGUGCUGGACUCUCAAUCAUUCCCAUAAGUCUGUUAGGCAUCCUUAGGUGUUUCCAUUCAUUGGAUUCUAAUGACACUCAAGCACUCUUAUCAGAGGAUGGGACUGAAGCCUCACAUGACCCACCUGUGACUUAAAAUCAAUGGGAGUUUGGAUACCGCAUGGUUCCCCUGUGUGGUUAUUUACAUUGCAUUGUAUCAGCACAUGUGGGUAAUCUGUUCAAGCCUGUUUGUAUUUUUAGUUGCUGCUAUGAAAUAUGCAUUUUUGCUUAAAUGUAGAAUAUCCAGUGUUAUGGUGAUUUUCGAAGGGAACAAAACUUUAUAUUUCUAAAGGGAAAUUUUGUGAAAGAGGAAGUAUUUUUUUUUUAUAAUAGUAAGAAUUUAAUCAAAAACAAUUUAUACACUCACCUAAAGGAUUAUUAGGAACACCAUACUAAUACUGUGUUUGACUCUCUUUCGCCUGCAGAACUGCCUUAAUUCUACGUGGCAUUGAUUCAACAAGGUGCUGAAAGCAUUCUUUAGAAAUGUUGGCACAUAUUGAUACGAUAGCAUCUUGCAGUUGAUGGAGAUUUGUGGGAUGCACAUCCAGGGCACGAAGCUCUCGUUCCACCACAUCCCAAAGAUGCUCUAUUGGGUUGAGAUCUGGUGACUGUGGGGGCCAUUUCAGUACAGUGAACUCAUUGUCAUGUUCAAGAAACCAAUCUGAAAUGGUUUGAGUUUUGUAACAUGGUGAACCCAUCAGACCAGGCAACAUUUUUACAGUCUUCAACUGUCCAAUUUUGGUGAGCUCGUGCUCAAGCUCGUUUUUCCUAUUCGUAGUGGAGAUGAGUGGUACCCGGUGGGGUCUUCUGCUGUUGUAGCCCAUCCACCUCAAGGUUGUGCUUGUUGAGGCUUCACAAAUGCUUUGCUGCAUACCUCGGUUGUAACGAGUGUUUAUUUCAGUCAAAGUUGCUCUUCUAUCAGCUUGAAUCAGUCGGCCCACUCUCUGACGUCUAGCAUCAACAAGGCAUUUUCGCCCACAGAACUGCCGCAUAAUGGAUGUUUUUCCCUUUUCACACCAUUCUUUGUAAACCGUAGAAAUGGUUGUGCAUGAAAAUCCCAGUAACUGAGCAGAUUGUGAAAUACUCAGUCUGUCACCAACAACCAUGCCACGGUCAAAAUUGUUUAAAUCACCUUUCUUUCCCAUUCUGACAUUCAGUUUAGAGUUCAGGAGAUUGUCUUGACUAGGACCACAGCCCUAAGUGCAUUGAAGCAACUGCCAUGUGAUUGGUUGAUUAGAUAAUUGCAUUAAUGAGAAAUUGAACAGGUGUUCCUAAUAAUCCUUUAGGUGAGUGUAUAUCCUUAAGAAAAUACCAGUCACCUGCAAGGCAGCAAGAAAAUCAGUAACAGUCAGGUUAGUUUAGGUUAGGCUUUGAUUCAGUUUUUGCCACAAACUAGGAUAGAGUAAAUGUGAAGGGCCUCUAUAAAUGACAAGACCAAUCACAAUUCAGUAUGCAAAUGAGUGCAAGAAAGAUGACCAAUUGAAUUCAGUAUGCAAAUAUAACAAUUAUAUUAUCACCUUUAAAGAACUUAAGGCUGUAAAUAUUGAAAAUCAUGGUCUGAAUGGAGUUUAAGAGACCAGAAUAGAGUUUGAAUAGAUUUAGAAUUAGAACUGAAUUAAUUGAUUCUAUGUAGUGAAUUGAAAACAGAACUUUAAUACUUAGAGAUGUUUGAGGAAUAUCAGUACAUUGCUGCCUCAUAAGUGUAAAGUUUGGGCUGAUGUGCAAUACAUUUUGUUUAGACCAACAUUUAUUUCUAAGGUAUAUAAAAUUGUAUUUUAUAAGGCAUAAGAUUUAGGAUGCAUCUUUAUAGUGUUUUAAAGCUGUCUAUGGUAUUCUGAGUGUGACAGGUUUUCAUUAGUCUCAUAUUUGCACAGAUCAUGAGCAAUUUAGCCAAUAAGCUCUGGCCUGCCAUUGACUGUCUGUCAUCAGAAACAAGUGAAGAUACAUAAAUUAUCAAUUGGUGUAGAUCUGUUUACUUUGAUUGGAGAAUUAGCUGUAAAAAUGAAUAAAUAUCAAUUCACCAAA